AUGUUAGACUCAGAUUUAGAAAAUAGUAUUACGACUCUUCAUAACGAUAUAGAUAAUAGUCAUUGUACUCUUUUCGAUUUAAUGAAUCAACUAAUUGAUGCAAUCACAAACUUUUAUUUAGAAGAAUCAGCAGCAGUAGUAGUAGUAGCAUCAGAAUCAUCAUUAUCAUCAUCAUCAUCAUCUAUAUUAGCAACAACAACAAUAGCAUUUUCAUUUAAUAAUUCAUUUAACAAAUAG